GGGGCCCCUCCCCCCUGCAGCCUGGCGCGCGCCGGCCGGGCCGCACCGCUGCGGGCUCAGCGCGCGCGGGCCAUGUCCGCCUUCUGCCUGGGGUUGGCCGGCCGCGCUUCAGCACCCGCAGAGCCGGACAGCGCCUGCUGCAUGGAGCUGCCCGCUGCGGCCGCGGACGCAGUCGGGAGUCCAGCCGCCGCCGCCCUCAUCUCCUUCCCCGGGGGCCCCGGGGAGCUGGAACUGGCGUUAGAGGAGGAGCUGGCGCUGCUGGCGGCCGGGGAACGGCCGUCCGACCCCGGGGAGCAUUCUCAGGCCGAGGUCAGGCCUCCGGCCGAGGGGUCCGGACUGCAGCCGCCACCCGCCCAGGAUCCCGAGCUGCUGUCUGUGAUCCGGCAAAAGGAGAAGGAUCUGGUGUUGGCGGCCCGGCUGGGCAAGGCGCUGCUCGAGAGGAACCAGGACAUGAGCCGGCAGUACGAGCAGAUGCACAAGGAGCUGACAGACAAGCUGGAGCACUUAGAACAAGAGAAACACGAACUAAGAAGACGAUUUGAGAACCGAGAAGGGGAAUGGGAAGGGCGUGUGUCAGAGCUAGAGAGUGACGUGAAACAACUUCAGGAUGAAUUGGAGAGGCAGCAAGUUCAUCUACGGGAAGCAGAUCGAGAAAAAACACGGGCGGUCCAGGAAUUAUCAGAACAGAACCAGAGGUUAUUAGAUCAACUCAGCCGGGCGUCCGAAGUUGAGAGACAGCUCUCCUUGCAAGUCCAUGCCCUCAGAGAAGACUUUCGCGAGAAGAACUCGUCCACCAACCAGCACAUCAUCAGGCUUGAAAGCCUUCAGGCUGAGCAGGUUCUUGAAAUCAAGAUGCUGUCGGAUCGGAAACGGGAGCUGGAGCAUCGUCUCAGUGCCACCUUAGAGGAAAAUGACCUGCUCCAGGGGACUGUGGAGGAGCUACAGGACCGGGUGCUGAUCCUGGAGAGGCAAGGCCAUGACAAAGACCUACAGCUGCAUCAGAGCCAGCUGGAGCUCCAGGAGGCGCGGCUCUCCUACCGACAGCUGCAGGGGAAGGUGGAAGAGCUCACCGAGGAGAGGAGCCUGCAGAGCUGCGCUGCCACCAGCACGUCCCUCCUGUCCGAGAUAGAACAGAGCAUGGAGGCUGAGGAGCUGGAGCAGGAGAGAGAGCAGCUGAGACUGCAGCUCUGGGAGGCCUACUGCCAGGUUCGCUAUCUCUGCUCGCACCUCCGAGGGAACGACAGUGCCGACUCAGCCGUCUCCACGGACUCCUCGAUGGACGAGUCUUCAGAAACUUCAUCUGCCAAGGAUGUGCCGGCCGGCAGCUUGCGCAUGGCCCUGAGCGAACUCAAGAGGCUGAUACAGAGCAUCGUGGAUGGCAUGGAGCCCACGAGCUCCCGGAGAAUUGACGAUGACUCCUUAGAGGAACAGAUAAGGCAGACCAGUGAGGACUCGAGAGCCCUAAGGGAACUCAUGGAGGGGGAGAGGGGUAAACUGAGGCAAAGCCUAGAGGAGCUGCAGCAACUCCACAGUCAGGUGACACUGCUGAGUGUGGAGAUGACUGCGCUAAAGGAGGAGAGAGACCGACUCAGAGUGACAUCUGAGGACAAGGAGCCAAAGGAGCAGCUUCAGAAGGCCAUCCGGGACCGCGACGAGGCCAUUGCAAAGAAGAAUGCUGUGGAGUUGGAACUCGCCAAGUGCAAGAUGGACAUGAUGUCUCUGAACAGCCAGUUGCUGGAUGCCAUUCAGCAGAAACUGAACCUCUCACAGCAGCUUGAGGCUUGGCAGGAUGACAUGCACAGGGUCAUUGACCGGCAGCUGAUGGACACGCACCUGAAGGAACGGAGCCGACCUGCUGCCGCCCUCUCCAGGGCCCACGGCGUGGGGCGUGGGGACGAGCCCAGCACCGCCGAAGGCAAGCGGCUCUUCUCAUUCUUCAGAAAAAUUUAGGUCAGGAGGAGUCAGGCCAGCAAGGAUGGGUGGACUAGAGGUGACUGAAACGGGGUGCGUGCGAGGGCCCAGCAUACCAUGCUUGCACACGAGGGCUGCCCUGGGCCAGCUCAGCGGCCACACUGCCCACCCACACUGGGACCGAGUCGUCCAGAAGGGCCCACUCGGCCUCUGAUGGCUGCCCUUGACAGAGGGACAGGCAGAAGCCCUGUUCCCACUGCCAGGCCAUGCCUGGCCUGGGCUUCCCCCUCAGAUCUGCUGUUGAGCAGGGCUCAGGCUGCCUGCAGAGCGGCCCUCCGGCUCUGCCGCACAGACGCAGAGGAUCGCAGCCCACCCUUCCGUGGCUCCCGCGUCCCAUCCCAGGCCCUGCUGCCCCCCUGUUCUGGAAUGCGGGGAACAGAAGGAAUGGAGGCCAUCUCUGCAUGCCUCAGGAGGCUGUCACGCCCCCCCCCCCCCCCCCCCCCGCUGGCCUGAGCUGCAGGGGGGCCUAGUCCUCAGGGACACCAGGUCUAAGGCUGAGCCUCCACCUCUCCCCCGGUCUCUGGCCCAGGGAGGAAGGGGAGGCGGCUCCUCCCCCUCGUGCAUGCACCUCUUUCGCGGGAGGCCCAGCCUGCGGGGCUGUUCUGUUCUCUUGCAUUCGGCCACGAUGCGCUCUCCUGAGGCUUGGCUGUCGCCAUCCCGAGAUCAGGAGGAAGAAGGGCCCUGCCCCCUGGCCACCACUGUUCUCCCUCCCUGGCCUCCAGGCCAGCCGGUGUGUUCACGGGCCCUCUGCAGGCGUUAGCCAUCCAGUCCUUUUCCCUUCAUGGGGCCAGAGCCGGGAGGAGGUCCGCUCCUCUUCCCACAGCCCCCCGUUACCCGCCACAUACAAGUUCUUGGCUCAGCCAAGUGAGUCCAGGCCACAGAAUGGCCCCAGAGGGGUCUGCGGUCAGCCACCUCCAGCUCGAGGGCAGCGUUGGCACCACAGGGCGGAUGCCACCAGAUACUGCCCCCCAGGCCUACAGAAGGAUGAAUCCUGCAACCUGCUGCUUCUGCUCCUUCCUCGGCAGCCACUCCACCUUCUCUGCUGAGGCCCUCGCUCGGAGGCACCCGGGCUGAGCCAGCCCGCAAGCAAGCUGCUUUUACAAAGGAUCAUCUCCCUCCCUCACACGGGAAAAGCACAGCAGGGAUGAGCGGAAAGAAUGUACCUAUAGAUAUGUACAUACCACAGUGCUGUAAUUUUGUAUGUAGCAAUCAUGUAAAUACAUGUAUGGAUUUUAUAAUAUACAUAUUAUAUAUAAAUCUAUAAAGGCAUAUUUUUAGAAAAACAGCGCACCACUGCUUCUUUUGAAAAUAGUCGAAGAAUAAAAUGAAUUUCUACAGAG